AUGAUUAUUGGGUUACAUCGCAAUGCUCGAGUCCACCUGAUGCAGCAUAUUCAGUUGGAGCGGACCACAUCGAGCCGAUGGAUCGAGACCGAUUGCUCAAAGGACAAAGUCACAAAACUAGUACAAGGAAGAAAGCCCUUCGCUGCAAAAUUCUUUAUCAGAAAACACCAAAUAGGCAAAUACAAGCUGUUUGGACAGGAAAGCGAACGUCCCGGUUUCUACGUGGUCGUCGGAUUCGGGAAACCGAGACAAAAUUUUCGUCUAUUGAUUGAUACAGGAUCAAGCACACUGUGGGUUCCUUCAGAUAAGUGCGAACCGGGCUUGUUCGUGAAUAACAACAAAUUCAAAGGUACAUCAAAAACGUUUCAGAAAAAGGCAGGAGCCCUAUGUGAGAUAUACGGUGACGGUUCCAGCAUAGAAGGUACGCUUGGGACCGACACACUUGAUGUAAGAUCAUAUGAAGGAACCGAACUGAUCUUCGUUCCGUCAGAUCAGUGGCACAAAGGUGGUCGGUGUGACGUUUGGUCAGGUGCAUCGCGCGAACGGCCUACUUUCACUCAAUGUGACGGCAACCUGGGGUUGGCAGUUAAUGAAACAGCGGAAUCAUUCGACCAAACACUACUAGAGUAUCUGUUUACUCAGGAAUUGAUUUCUCAACUGGUCUUCACCAUCGUGUAUCCUAGGAUUGGGCAACCUGGAAGCAUCCCAGCCCUCGUACUUCCUUCGGGUGAAACAGCAGCAAGGCACCGGAAGAGUGUCACAGCUGCUUCCACUCUGAUCCAUGGGAAAAUAACUUUUGGUGGGGUUAAUCAUGACGACUAUCGAGGAGAGAUAUCCUACGCGACUGUGCUUCCCGGGAAAUUUUGGAGAGUUCAGUUCCACAGGCGGCCUGCAUGUUUGUCUUCGCAUCUAUCUAUUUGUCUGUCUGUCCAUCUACCUAUAUAUCUGUCUGUAUGCCCGCCUAUCUAUUGUCUGUCCGUUUCCUGUCUGUCUCUCCGUCUAUCUUACAGUUCAUCUGUCAGUCUAUCUGUCUACUAUAUAUCUGUCUGCCUAAUGGAAGUCAGUGGCAACACGGUAGCCCAUAAUUUCAUUGCGAUAGCAGAUACCGGUACGUAUUUGGUGAUGUGUCCAUAUGGGACUCUUUUGAAUUUGAUCAGUCAGCUUGGUGUUUAUCUGGAGCCUGAGGAGCAAGUCGACUGCGAAGAAGCUGAUGAGUUUCCCGAAAUAAUUUUCACCUUGGAUGGAUUUCAGCUGGGAUUUCCGCGCGAUUUGUACGUGGAAAGAAAACUGACAACAAGAACGCCGCUGACAUCCGUUGGCAGCCAUAGCUUACAGCCUCUCCAACCAGGCACAGUGAGGACCACGCGGUCCCCACCUUGGAAGGCGAGUAGCACCGACAGCACCCAAGCGUUUUGUGAUCCCCUUCAUACUCCUCUACCAAGUCAAGGGUUGGCCAUCUCUCUGUUUACGCCACUCUGA